AUGGGAUCGCUGGGCGGUCUCUCUCCGGGCGGCAGCAUUGCGAUCGGUGUCCUCGUCGGCCUGGUAUCUACGAGCGUCCAGUCCCUCGGGCUCACCCUGCAGCGCAAAUCGCACAUCCUCGAGGACGAGAAGGGCCCGCACGAUGUCCGCCGCCCACCCCACCGCAGGCGCCGCUGGCAGCUGGGCAUGGGCAUGUUCGUCAUAGCCAACAUACUCGGCAGCACCGUGCAGAUAUCGACCCUGCCCCUGCCCGUCCUGUCGACCCUGCAGGCGGCCGGCCUGGUCUUCAACUCGCUCUGCGCCACCCUGAUCCUCAGCGAGCCCUUCACGCGAUGGAGCCUCUGGGGCACGCUGCUCGUCAGCGGCGGCGCCGUGCUGAUAGGCAUCUUUGGCGCCAUCCCCUCGCCCGCCCACAGCCUGCGCGAGCUGUUGGACCUCAUGGGCCGCUGGCAGUUCAUUCUCUGGAUGGUCCUGCAGGCCGUGCUUGUCAUUGGAGUCGCCAUCGUCACGGAACUGGUCAGCCGUUUCAGCAACCUGACGCAGAACGCCCGGUUCCGCUUCAUCCGGGGGUUGGCGUACGGAUUCAUAAGCGGCGUCCUGUCUGCCCACUCCCUGCUGUUCGCCAAGUCGGCCGUGGAGCUGGUCCUGAGGACCAUCGCCGACAAGGACAACCAGUUCGUCCACUGGCAGUCGUGGAUGAUAGUGCUGGGCCUGGUCACUCUGGCUCUCAGCCAGCUGUACUACCUCCACAGGGGUUUAAAGCUUGUAUCAACUUCAGUCCUGUAUCCCCUUGUUUUCUGCAUUUACAACAUCAUUGCGAUCUUGGAUGGACUCAUAUAUUUCAACCAAACCAAUUUAAUAUCCGCCUUACACGGCGGUCUCAUUGCGCUUGGUACCGUCAUCCUGCUCUCGGGCGUUUUGGCCUUGUCGUGGCGCCUGAGUGAUGAGCAGCACCCGCCGGCCGUCGGGCAGUCAAGCCUCACGCCGGGACUCGGAUUGGUGGAGGACACGGAAGGCGAGGAAGAAUCGCUCAUCGAUUCCGACACCAUCUCAGACGACGAGGCCGCCGUGCCACCAACAUACAACACUUUUGCUCCCGAAUCCCCGGAAACAACGCCCUUGGCUCCUGGCCGAAAGCCUUCGAAACGCUGGCACGAGCGGGCCGAGAUAUGGGACGAGCUUGAGGACCAGGAGAUGCCGAGUCCGACGAUGAAUCCCCGCCGGUCUCUUACCCUCCCGGCCGGUGCAAGUGAGACGACCGCACUACUGAGCGGGUCUCGGAGGCAUCCCUCCAACACCUCGGUCGGCUCCGUCUCCACCGCAGGCCCAUCAUCCGCGAACGAGACAUCCCAGAGGAGAUCGUUCCGGCGGAGAAGGAAGUCUACUGGGUUCCCCGGGUUCCAGGCCAGAAAGCAGCCGGGCCGCCGCAGAAGCACUAGCGGUGAAGAUGCCACGGGCGGCAUCUGGAAGAUGAGGUGGUUCAAAGGCCGGGAACGCGGCGAUAGUACCAGCGCCAUCGAGGGCUCCACACCCAGGGGGACUCGGAAUUGGAGCUGGGGCCGCCUCCCAAGGUUCAGGGAUGAAGAGGAGGGUGGUGCGCGGCCGGGAGAGAGCGACCGGCAAACGACGGGCAGAGAUACGGACCCCGAGUCCCGGGGCGGAGCGCCGGCGGGUGAACCAAGACGAGGCGACGAUGCCGUAUAG